AUGUUGAGAUUGAAUUUUUUACUCAUAUUAGCUAAUCAAUAUUUAGCAGUUUUGAUAAAUGUGGAGGAAUCUUGCACUUGUAGUUAAAUAAAAUCGAAGUCUGAUUGCGCAAACAUUGGGUGUCGAUGGGAUAAUGAUAAAUGUGUCCAAAAUGAUUAAACAGAAAAUGAGGAUACCAUAAGUGUAUAUUGCAGAUCAUUUGAUUAAGCAACAUGUCCAAAGAUGAAAGGAUGUGCUUUUGUUGAUAAUAAAUGUGAAUAAUUUAGUGGUUGUUCUGCUUAUAUUGGCAGUACAAAUGAUUUUUGUCAAGAGAUCUCAUUAUAAUGUACAUCAAAUGGGAAUGUGUGUUAGGAUCCACAGAAUUGUGGUGAAUAUAAGAAUUAGAUAUUUUGUAAUCAGAAUAUCAAUAUUUAAGGAGGUUAAUGUAAAUGGGAGAACAACUAAUGCAGAGAUUUAAGAUGCAUAGAAGCAAGUAGUGAAUUGAAAACGGAUUAAGAUUGCAAUAAAUUUAAAAUAGGAUGUUUUACAAAUGGCAAGGGAUGUGUGGAGAUUAGAAGCGAAUGCUCUUCAUAUGGAAUUACUGAUUGUAAUCAAAUGAUAGGAAGUGAUGGUUAUUGUGCGAGGACAGCAAGUGGUUGUGGUGCAAGAUAGUGCUAGUCUGCUCCUAGUGAUUAUAAUAGUGAUGAGCAAUGCGCAAGAUAUCAGUUUGGAUGUAUUACAACAGGUAAGGGAUGUUGGUUGAAACCAUUGCCAACUUGUGAUAGUUAUGUUGGAAAUGAUUGCAAUAAGAUGACAGGUUCUGAGGGAUUAUGUGACAAUGGAUCAUCAAAUAAAUGUUAGUCAAGGAAAUGUGAAAAUGCACCUACUACCUAUAAUACAGAUGAAAAAUGCAAGGAAUAUUUGAGUUCAUGUAUAACCAAAGGAAGAGGAUGUGAUACUUCUUUGAAAUUAUGUAGUUUCUAUACAGGAACAGCUGAGGAGUGUAAUUAGUACAUAGGAAGUGAUGGUAGAUGUACUUUAGGUACAAAUGGGUGUAAAGCAAGAGUUUGUGAAGAAGCUUAAUUAAAAACAGAUCGAGAAUGCAACGAAUACUAAAAGGGUUGUGUAACUGAUGGAGUGAAUUGUUUAAGUAGUAGAAAAUUAUGUUCAACAUAUAAUGGAACAUCAACAACAUGUUCUAAAUACGAAGGGUCUGAUGGAAGAUGUUAUUCUAAAAACACAGUUGAGGGAAAUUGUUCAAAUUUGGUAUGUACUGAUGCUCCUUCUGAAUACAAGACACAUGAAUAGUGUAUGUCAUUCUAAGGUGAUUGUUUGUCAAAUGGCGAAGGGUGUGUGAAAAAAACAGAUUGUGUAUCUACUAUUAAAGAGUUCACUUGUAAGGCUACUGCUUCAUGUUAAUGGAAUCAAAUUUGUGUUACCAAAACCAAUUGCUCAUAUUUUAAAAGCAUUAGUUUGUGUAAUAAUAAUUUGGGAAAUGGCUAACCUUGUUUUUGGGUUAAUGGUGUUUGCAGAAUUAGAUUAUGUACUGAUGCUCCUUCAUCAUAUACAACUAAUGAUUAGUGCAAGAAGUUUUUAGCAGGAUGUGUUACAAAUUCAUAGGGAUGUCUCCCAUCCACAGUCCCUUGUAAUUAGUAUUAAGGAACAACAGAGACUUGUAUCAAUUUCUAUGGGAAUGGGUUGAAAUGCACUAGCACUAGUAGUGUAAAGGGAGCUUGUGAAGUUCUGCUAUGCACAAACAAUACAACAGCAAACAAUUAAAAAUAAUGCGAUGACUUUUUGAGUGGAUGCAAAUUUUAGGGUAGCUCUGGUUGUAUUGAUAAAUCUGCUGAUUGUAAUUAAUAUACUGGCAAUUAAGAAGCAUGUUCCCAGCAUUCUGGAAUAAAUGGAACAAUUAAAUGCUAUUAGGAUACAGGAACCACUGGACCAUGUAGACAUUUAAAAUGCGGAGAUAACAUAACAGCUACUACAAAUGAAUAAUGCACAUUAUUCUUAAGUACAUGCGUAUCAAAAGGAUUAGGGUGCAUUGAUCAAACAGAACCAUGUACAUCAUAUCCUGGAAGUAACACUACUGACUGCUCAAAAUUCAAAGGCUUAAAUAACACAAAAUAAUGUUGGUGGAUAAGUGGAACUAGCUGUGUAAAUAAGGAAUGUGCAUAAGAUACUGCAUCAACAAAGAAUGAAUAAUGCGAAUAGUUUUUAUCUGGAUGUGUUACAAAAGGUAUUGGAUGUAUUGAAAACACAGAACCAUGCACUUAAUUUUAAGGAGAUGAAGCUUAAUGUUCAAACUUGAUUGGCAAUGGGUAUCCUUGUGUUCGUAAAAGUACAUGUAUGGAUAGGAGUUGCUCAGAUGUAAUUAAUCCUGCAAACAAUGAUUAAUGUACAGAAUAUUUGUCAACUUGUAGGUUUAAUGGAUUCGUGUGCAUAGAUGCUUAAAUUUCAUGUACAUCAUAUAUUGGUUUGAACUAUUAAAUUUGUUAAUAGAUAACGACAAUCUCUGGUGGUAAGUGUUAUUUAGCAAGUGGCACAGGUACAUGCUAAACAAGAAGUUGUACACAUUUAACAUCAGCAUCCAAUUAAAGUGAUUGUGAUCAAUUCUUAUCUGGAUGCAUCUUUAGUGGUUCGAAUUGUGUUGCAAAGUAGAAUUUAUGCAGUUCGUAUUUAAACUUCUAGCCCAAUGCUUGUGAGAAAGCAGUAAGUCUAUCAACUGGAUUAUGUUGGAGAUCAUCAAAUUCAAUUGGAGCCUGCAUGGCGAGAACAUGUUCAAGUGUUACGAGUGUGUUAAACCCUUAUUCAUUCUCACAAUAAUUUUGUACUCAAUACUCUGAUGGCUGUGUUUAUGAUGGAGUAAAAUGUGUGGACAAGUAAUCUAGUUGUACUUCGUAUACCAGUUUUGUUUAAUCAGCUUGUAAAACAGCGAUUAAACUUUCUGGCGAGAAUUGUUGGUUGGAAAAUAGUGCUUUGACAACAUGUGAAAGUAGAUUAUGUAGUGAUAAAGUAACUAGUUCAAACUCAAUUACUUGCUAGGCUCACAAAUCUUCUUGUAGAUAUAAUGGUACUAUUUGUGUUGAUGCACAUACAGCAUGCAAUUUAUAUACAUCUUUCACUUAGUAGGCUUGUAAAGAUGCGAUAUUGGCAGAUGGGGUUACUAAGUGUUGGAGAACAUCAAAUUCAGUUGGAACAUGUGAAGACAGGUAAUGUACUAAUGUGACAGUUGCAACCACUACUUAGAAAUGUUUAGAUCAUAUGAGUACAUGCAGAUUCAAUGGUUCAUCAUGUGUUAUUCAAUAGACUAAUUGUAAUGGAUAUGUGGGAUUCACAUCUGAAGCAUGUAAAUAAGUAACAACGACUUCAGGAGGUCUAUGUUGGAUUCCAGCGACUGGAUCUACAUAAUGCAGUGACAGAACUUGUAGCAAUACAAUAGAUAUUACAAGUGCUAUUAGUUGUCCAUAACAUCUCGCUAGUUGUAGAUAUAAUGGAGUGGACUGUGUAAAUCAACAAGCUUCAUGUAAUUUAUACACAGGAUUCACCAAAUUAGCAUGUUAAUCUACUACAACUAUUGGUGGCACUCCUUGUUGGAAACAAACAAAUGAUAUAGGAACAUGUGAAGAUAGGAGUUGUUCAAAUACAAUUGAGAAUCCCAAUUAUGUAAAUUGUGGAAUUCAUUUGUCUACAUGUACUUAUGAUGGUUAGAAUUGUUAUGUAGUUUAAAUUUCUUGUAAUCUAUAUGUGGGAGUGAGUGAAACUUAAUGUUAGAAUUUAAGAACUACAGCUGGAGACAGGUGUUGGUUCGAUUCAGGUAAUUGCGUAUAAAGAACAUGUACUUAAAACUAAAGUGGAAUGACAGAUUUGGAAUGUGAUUCAUUUUUACCAGGAUGCAGAACCAAUGGCAAGGGUUGUGUUGAUGCUUCAUAGACUUGUUCAUAAUACAGAGGAACUAGUUCUAGUUGUUUGACAUUUGUGGGUAAUUCAAUCAAAUGCAAAGGGUAAGAUUCUUUUGGAUAUUGUGAAUAGAAGUAAUGUUAUGAUAAUACCAUCAGUGUUACUGAUAUUCAAUGUGAUGCAUUCAUGAAGGGAUGUGUCACAAAGGGAUUAGGAUGUAUUGAUAAGAGUGACCCUUGCAAUAAUUAUGUUGGAAAUCAGUUGACUUGUUCUAAAUUUGUUGGGAAUGGUAAAAACUGUUGGAAUGACAGCACCAGCACAAUCUCAUAGUGUAGAGUCAGAUUAUGCAGUGAUAAUUAGACUUACAAUACAGAUUCAUAAUGUUAAGACUUCUAAGCUGGAUGUGUAACCAAAGGCAGAGGUUGUAUAGUUUAGACUGCAAAAUGUUCAGAUUAUCAAGGUACUCAACUAGAGUGCAGUUAACUAAAGGGAUCUAAUGGAACUAAACCUUGUUGGAAUGAUAUUGCAGCCACUCCUUUGAUGAAUUGUGUCGUAAGAAAUUGUUCGCAUAACACUACAGCAAAGACUGAUAAAGAAUGCAGUCAAUUCUUAAGCGGAUGUGUAACGAAGGGAAUUGGCUGUGUAUUGCCUUAACCUUGUUCUUUAUUCAGUGGAACCACCAAGUCUUGUCCUCUAUUCUCAGCAACCGAUAGACCCUGUAAAGGUCAAAGCAGUAACUCAGUUGCUCCUUGUGCUGCCCUAAAAUGCAGUGAAGCACCAAACAACUAUGACAGUGAUGAACUAUGUAAUAUCUUUAAGGAAGGGUGUGUAACUAAUGGAUAUGGUUGUGUCAGUAGUGUUUCUUGCGAAGACAUUUAAACGUAGUAAGCAUGUUAAAAGAAAUCGCAAUGCUUAUAUACCGGAAAUUGCACAUAAUUGUCAACUAAAUGCAGUGUUUUUUCAUCUCAAUCAGUAUGUGUAAAUACUCCUGUCUACACUACUAUAGGCAGGUGCUAAUGGGAACUCAAUAAGGCCUCAAAUAUUGGGUAGUGUAGAGAUUGGAAAUGCGAGGAUGCAUCUGAAAGCGUAUUAACUCAUGAGGAUUGUCAACGACUGUCUAGUUAAUGUACUUCAAAGGGGAAAGGGUGCAUACCAAUUGGAGCAUGUUCAUCCUACACUACUUCUACUUCUUGUUCUUCUGCCAAAACUACAGAUGAGGGAGGUCUUUGCAUUUGGGAGAAGACCUAUUGCAGAAAAUUAGAUUGCAAUGAUGCAAGCAAGGAAUUCACUACUGAUGCGAAAUGCCAAGAGUUUCUUAGCAAGUGUUUCUCCAAUGGUAAAGGGUGUGUCAAUCAGAACUAUACUUGUAAGGACAUUGUUGUCAAAGCAAAAUGCACUAAAGAUUAUGCAGGAAAUGUAUGCUUAUGGUUUUAAUAAUCAUGCAUUGCUUAUUCAUAAUGCGCUGAUAUCUAAAGCUCAUCUCGUACUUUAUGCUAAUAACACUCAAAUAAAUGUACUAGUAAUGGUUAAACCUGUAUUCCCAUUUCCCAAUGUUCCAAAUACAUUAAUUAGACUAGUUGCUCACUUGGAAUCGAUGGAGAAUGUGGAUGGAUUGAUAACACUUGUGCUCCCUUUAAGAAGUGUUCUGAUUUUAAUGCUAUUACUACAGAACUAUGCUAAUCAUAUUCUAGUCAAUGUAUUUCUGAUGGCUAGGGCUGCAUUUCAAAGACUGAGUGCAAUUAUUACUAGACUGAAACAUCCUGUCUCUCUGGAGGUACUGAUGGCUUUUGUAUAUGGGCUGAAGAAUCUUGCAGAUAAAGAAAAUGCACAGAUGCAACUGUAAACAUGGGAAUCGAUAUUACAUCAUAUACCUCAUGCAAUAGUUUUGUUGCAACUACUAAAUGUACAACUAAUGGAACUAAUUGUAUCCCUAUUGGAUUGUGUUCAUCAUACAAAGAGGCAGGAUGUCAUCAUGGAACUGAUGGUAAUUGUGUUUAUGGUUUUUAAGAUGGAUAAACUUAAGGAAUUAAAUCCUGCAGGGUUAAAUCUUGUUAAGAUUACUAAGAUACAACAACAGAAUUGUGCAAAUAACAUAAAAAAGCAUGCAUUUCAAAUGGCACCAUUUGUAUCAUAAAAAAUAAAUGCUAAACAUACAAAACUAAAACUGCAUGCAAUUCUGGCGGAUUGGAUGGCAUCUGUGUUUUUACACCUUCAGUUGCAGAUCCUUAGAAAGGGACAUGUACUUUAAUGACCACAUGUGAGCAAGCUAAAUCUGAUUUGGUUGCCUGUAAAUCCAAGCAAAACUCAUGCCAUUUUCAAGCCUCCCUUCAAAAUGGAAUCGAAGUUACUUCUUGCAUUAAUCACACUUGUGCCACUGUAGCAAAUGGAAGCAUCUGUAAACCAGUUUAUUCGUUUGAUGAAAAGAGUAUCACUGUUUGUGUAAUGACUUCAUCUGGAUGUUCUUCUGGAAGCCCUAAUCAAUUAUCAGCCAGUAACUGUUUAGAAUAAAGUUUAAAUACUUAUAGUUGGAAUGCUGAAACUAAUCUUUGCUAAAAAUGUAACACUACGACCAUAACCCCUCCACAACCCACCAACACUACAGACCCUAAUACAGACACUUUUACUAGAAUGCUGCUCUUUUCAAUUUUUAUAUUUAUGUAAUGA